AUGGGUUUCCAGAAAUUUCAAGAAAAAGAACUAGAAGCUCCCAUCCAUGGAGACAUCUUAGAAGCCAUACUCUCUCACGUGCCGCUCAUUUACUUGCUGCCAGCCAGUCACGUGUCAAAUCAUUGGAACAGUGCGGUCUCGAGUUCCCUCCGCCACGUCAACCCUGUGAAGCCGUGGCUCACGGUUCACACUCAAAACCACCGUACUCCUCACGUGAUCAAAUCAUACGCGUACGAUCCACGCUCCCUAACAUGGAUUGAAAUUCACGCGCCACAAAUCAACCAUACCUCCGCUCUACGAUCUUCGCAUUCCACGCUCCUCUACACGCUCUCUCCUAAAGAAUUCACCUCCGUAGAUUCACUCCAUCUCGAGUGGAACCACGCGCCACCACCACGUGUUUGGCGCGUUGACCCGGUGGUUGCUCAGGUUGGAAACUGCAUCGUUGUUGCUGGUGGCGCGUGUGACUUCGAGGACGAUCCUUUAGCAGUGGAAACGUACGAUAUAGAUUCUCGCAUUUGGAUGCGGUGCGAGUCCAUGCCUGAGAUGAUGAAGGACACUACAGCGUCGACAUGGCUCUCUGUUGCUGUCGCCGGUGAGUUUAUGUACGUGACGGAGAAAAACUCCGGCAUGAUGUAUUCCUUCGAUUGUAAAACGAUGACGUGGCAAGGACCGUACAAUCUUCGAAGGGAGGAGAGCGUGUUCUUCAGCGUUACGGGAACGGUGCGGGAUCGUUUGGUUGUGGUGGGAAUAGUAGGCGAUGCGGAGAACGUGAAAGGAGUGAAAAUAUGGGAAGUGAAAAAGGAAUUUGGGUUUGAAACGAUGGAACUGUGUGCGAUGCCGAAAGAGAUGGUGGAGAAACUAAGAGGUGAGAGUGAGAGUGAGUUGUUGAAUUCGAUUGAAUUGGUUUGUAUUGGUGAUUUUGUUUACGUUUACAAUCCGUCGGAACCGGAGGAGAUGGUGGUGUGUGAGGUGUUUAAUGGAGGAGGAUGUGAGUGGCGGAGUGUGAGGAAUAAGGCGGUGAACGACGGGACACGGAUCGGGAGAGUGGUGCUGUGUGGUGGCGGUGAUGUGAGAUUGGAGGAUUUGAAGAGCGUGGUUUCUGGGAAGUGUAAAUUUGAAUUGGUACACGUGUAA